UUUGGGGGCCAGACGCACCAUUAGCUGCUAAUUCGGAGCGCCCAAACUUAAGCCGGCGGGGGAACUCCAACCCACCGCGCACAGCGCUGCUUCACUGGCAGCGCUUGCUUUAAAAAAAUAGUUACUAUGAUGAUCCACGUGUCAGAGUUCCCCCUUUCUCUCUCCCACCCGGUCCGGCAUUCGACAUCAGCUGCUUCCCCCAAGCCAUCCCCUCCCCCGUCCAGCUGGAGAAGGGCUAGAUGUGGCGGCGAGGGCGGCGGCAGGAACAGAGGAUCAGUAUGACUGCCACCAGGAAGAGGAGGAGGAAGGUUAGGACGCGGGCACCUCCCGUACCUGGCUUGGCUGGUUUAGGUGGCGGCUUGGACAUCGCUGUGCAGAAGUUGGAAGCAAAGUCCUCCUGGCCGUCAAUCUAGUGCUGGGCUGCUUGCUCCCUGUCGAUCUACGUAGCCCGCCAAGCGCAGGCUUUCCGGAGAGGCAGCGCGGACGAAGAGCUACGGACUUUGUGAACGUCUCAGCAGAGCGCUUGCUGAGCGCUCAAGUUGCUUUUGCAAUGAUGAGGAAGUGGGAAUCGCAGCAGUAGCAGCAAAACUGGGUGCUUGGCGCUGCUGCCUCUAGCGGCCGAAGAGGAGCACUGCCCGCAGGGAGAAAGAGAGGCAUUGAGCAGAAAGGAGGAGCAGGCGCCAACUUGCCCCAGUCAAAUCACCUUUCCAGUAUGAGGGAGGAGUGAAGGGCAAACGCGAACCAAUAACAUUGCACGUUCCUUCCUCAAGAGGGGAGGGACGGCUCCCUGGGACAGGUUCUCCUAGCUGCGAGUCUUGGCCAAUCGGAAUGCAGCUAUGGGAUCUCUCUGCCUGUUGUAUUUGCAUAGAGCACCGUCGGUCUGUGUUUAUCUGCCACCCCUUUCCUUAACAAAAAAGAAAGAGAAACGCUAGGAGGGUUAUAAGGGAUGGGGUGGAGUUUGUUGGCUGUAUGAAUGUGGCUCGUACUUUCCUGUGGUGGUAGUUCGCGCGCCUUGCUUUGACGAGGAAGGCUGUAAAAGAACUAUGAAAAUGUUGGUGAUUGGACUUGGAGGUGUAACAAAUGGAGGGAAAACAACUCUGGCAAGAAGGCUUAAGAAACAGCUUCCAAACUGUAUUAUACUGUCUCAAGAUGACUAUUUUAAGCCGGAAUCUGACGUGGCUGUAGACGAACAUGGAUUUUUACAGUAUGAUGUACUUGAUGCCCUGCAUAUGGAAAAAAUGGUGGCAGACAUACGCUCUUGGAUGACAAACCUAGAAGACUCUGCAUUGACAAGGCCACCAUAUAGUACCCAUGAUAAUCAGAAAGGAGCAGAAGGCACUCGUGUUUUAAUUGUUGAGGGCUUCCUUCUGUAUAACUACAAGCCUCUCAGUGAUAUAUGGAAUAAAAAGUAUUUCCUAACGAUUCCUUAUGAAGAAUGUAAGAGGAGGAGAAGCAGCCGAAUUUAUAAUCCACCAGACUCACCUGGGUACUUCGAUGGACAUGUAUGGCCCAUGUAUCUGAAACAUAAGAGAGAGAUGGAAGAAAAUGAAACUGGCAUUGUUUAUUUGGAUGGAACAAAAUCACAGGAAGAUCUCUAUUCAAGAGUAUAUAGUGAAAUAGCACAGGAACUGGAAAACACAAGCAAAUUGAGACGAAGGGGACAGAGAACACCCAUCCAUUUGAAUUGGAGCUACACUUGUUCCUGAUGAACAAAGAACUAGUGCGAAUUAAAAACUUUCUGGCUGAAAGCUAUGCCCUUUUGGUUGUAAUAGCUGAAUUUCACAAAGCUCAUUCCUGUGAUAUAGUUGACAAAACUGACAAGAUUGGCCCUGACCCCAAAACAAAGGUACUUAUCUCCAGACCUAAAAAGAAAGGAACUAAGCGUAAGCCAAAGAAAGCAGAGGGCACUAAGCAGGCCCUGAACCAAAAAAUUACAUCUAAACCUAAAAGGAAAACGGAUUUACCUUCAAAACGGCAAAAAGGAAUGAAUUUUAAGAAACUUUUUAAGAUAAUGGAAGAAUCCCAGCAGACCUCUGCUAAACAAGUAAAAACACUUAAGCCAGAUUCACAGACCAUUAAGGCAAGAUCCGUGGAGGCCGAUUCAAAUCUCUGCUUUAAACCACUUAUUUCUCCCACUCGUCUAGAUGAUGUCUUUAUACCUUUUGCAACACGUUUAACUACUUCAAGGGACAGCACGGCUCUUAGUAAAGAAAUACAAGAUCCGUGGCAACACGCUCUGGACACUGACAAACUGACGCACGAUAAGAUGUCUUAUACACCUUUCCCUUUAACUCAGCAAAAAUGGGAAUUGGUGUUAAGCCACUGCAAAUUAGCGAUCUUCAAUCUCUCCAAACCGAGGGCUAUGUUGACUCCUAGCCAGCGCAAAGUACAUUUACAAUAUCUGAUACGAAAUACUGUCCCAGACUGCGGCUUGAUGGAAGAUAUAAUAGAUGUUGAAUACCUCCCUUACGAGCACAAAACCGCUACAGCAGUAGUGACCUCUGGGAGUUGGCCAUCUUUGAUGCAUCUAUACACGGUUAAAGACCAUUUUUAUCAUGCAGGCAUGUGUAUAAGUAGGUUAUUUGAGAACCAGAAGCCGAUGCACCUAUUCAGCAAAUCCCAGGACCAUGCUUUUAGGAAAAACACAAGAAAUCUCUCUCCAUCUCAGGAUGGGCCCUUGGUCAAGGUUCAUUCCUCACUAGCUGAACAACAUCUUUCCCAACAAAAACUUUUGAUUUUACACUGGAAGAAAAAGAGCUCAUAAAAUCGUUCCACUCCUUGCCUACAAGAUCUCAGAAUGAGAUUGUCGAAAGACUAACAUUUCUAAGAAAUACUCUUGCCCAAGCCUCAGCCUCUGACAAGAUGCCCCUCCGCUUUGGAACGGUGAAAUCUACUCAAGCAAGUCCGGAUUGCAUGAUGAAUUCUUUUCAACAGAAUAGAUUAAACCCCUUGGCUCAGAUGAUUGAAUCGCUUGAGGAUUCUGGGUCCCUACCCCUGAGGGGUUAUGGCUAUCAUCCGAGCACAAACUCUGAAGGGAUGCAGGCUCAUUAUAAGCCAUCUGCCUUUAAGACUAUGAAUGAGCCUUUAAAAUCUGGAUCAGAUUGGUUACGAUCUAGAUACCUUGAUCCUGAGGAGCUAGGACAUGACUUGGACGGCCCUCCUAAAUCUCCACCAAUUGAAAAACCACCACUUCCACCCUAUGCUAGAUCCGGAGCCAUAUUUUUGGAUAAGGAACAUGAGUUGAAUCGGAUUACAGAACUAGACUGACAAUCUCCCCAAAUUGUAGUCACUUCCAACAGCCCUACAUUUGAACACUAUGGAGUACGACGACAUCAAAAGAUGACUGAACUGGGCCUGAAAUCAGACCAUGUCAAAUUUCUGACAUGGAAUAUUGCGGGUUGGGCUUCUAAAUUACACUGCCCUGGAUGUGAGGAGUUUUUAAGAUCAUUUGAUGUGGUUUGUAUGCAAGAAACCUGGUUUACUAAAAACAUUGUCCUAAAUGGUUUUUCGGUUUUAGAUCUACCUGUGGAGCCCGCUAAAGGAAGGGGGAGACCUAAGGCAGGCCUAGCUAUUAUGAUAUCCACCGCUUUACAUGUGAAUAUCAUCAAUAAAAGUAACGUUGCCUAUUUGUGAUCUUAAACAGGAACUGUCCCAAAGAACUAAAUCACUGAAUGCCAAAUGAUGAAAUAUAUAUAAUGAAACAUAGGAGUCCAAUAUUGAAUAAACAGUACCCAGUUCUCUUUAAGCUUAUCUGUGUCCAAGGCAUCUCUUGGAAUACC